ACAUUCUUCGUUGUCCAUGGCUUCUCCACCUCCAAAGGGUCUCAAGCGGUCUUCUUUCCUCAGAACUAAAGAAAUUCUAUCUUACUUGACCCCUGUGGAUGAACAAUUUGAAGAGGAGAUAGAAAUAGAAACAAUUGCAAUUGAAAGAGAAAAAGUUGCAGCCAAGAAACCACCAUCCAGUAGGAAAAGUACCAUCAAAAGGAAAGCAACCUCUCUUGCAGCUUCAACAGUAACAACGAGAUCAAAAGGUAGCUUUCUUCUUCUAUCUACAUUUAAAUUUCUGUUUAUAGAGUUUUUUAAAUGUUUCAUUUCUUGUUUGUACAUGGCAAAUUUCUGCCAAGUCAAAAGCUACCAAGAGGUUAUCAAUCUUCAUUCCCUCGGCCUCCAUGAGAGAAGCAGAAACUUCCAAAUCUGAGGGAUCUGAUGACUCUCUUGUGUUUCUAAGGGAAUAAAAAGGAAAAAAAAGAAAGGAACAGAUUCCUCUUCUUCACAUGCAGAUCUUUCUCCGUAAAGGGUUAAGAUCCUUCUCCGUAAAGGGUUAAGGGAAAAAGAUUCUCAAUGCGUUUGGCUAAAAAGAAUUUCAAAACAGUGGACGCUAAUGAAAUAGUUGAUCUUAAACAAACUUCUCCUGGAGAUUCAAGCACAUUUGUUGAGGCUAAAUCUUCUACAGUUGACAAGCUUUUUGGUCAAGAAGGGGAAAAUGCAUUUGAAGAAGAAACAGUGGCUUUGCCUCCAACUGUAGAAGAAAUCCAAGUGGCCACUUUACUGGAAGUUCAAAUGUCAGAGCUUAAAACCCGGAUUUCUAGCAAGCAAAAGGCAUUGGCAGACAUGAACACUAGGAGGAAGCAACUUCUUGAUGGACUUCACAGCCAACUGAAGAAAUUGGAGCCAAAAAGAGUAGUGGCUGAAGCUCUUGCGAAGAAAAAUCAAGGAAUUACCAAGGAACUCACUGCCAUGCAACUUGAAUGGAAAGAAUGGAGAGACUUCCUUUAGCUUAGCCUUCUAAAAACAGCUUUUAUUUUAUGUUUGUGGCCAUAUGCCAAGCAUAAUAGUUAUUUUAUGAUGUUUGAACUUUAUUUUGGAUACUUGUUGAAUCGAUGGAUGACUCCAUGUCAUCCUUUUGCUUUUCUACUUGUUUGUUCAGGUUUUUGCCUGCAAGUUGGUGGCUUGAUUCAAAGCCAACACUUUGAAUUUCUGUUUGCGUUAAUUUCUGGAGCAAAGACUAUGUUUGAGCAAAAAUGUGGCCAAAAUAAGCCAUCUACAGCUUA